CGGUCUAGACAGCAGACAGGCUGAUGACAGAGCCAAGGGAGUCAUUGGUGGAUGAUUUUAGAUAUUGAACAGCUAAGACUUAUGGGAAAAGGGGAUUAAUCAUAAAGGGUGUAAGGUUUGGAUCUGAAGGAGGUGGGGAGAGAGUUUGAACCCUCAGUUUCUCAGUCUAUCCUAUGAACUCACGAUAGGAGUGGCAUCCUGGCAUCAUCUUUCUUUCAUUCACUCUUCUUACCCCACUCACAUGCUUAAAAGGGAUUCAGAGGCAGGCACUGGCUUCCAGUCGUAGUUGGGUGAGCAAUUCGUCCAGGGUAGGAGGGAUAGAGCUGAUUAUUCCCUUCUUACUGCAGAUCUCUCGCCAAUAAGAAGAGACUGCACUGAAGAACCAAGUUCAACUUUGAGAAAGAGACUAAACAGAACAAGACAGAAAUGCCACAGAACGUGGUACUGGACGGGCCAGCACCUUGGGGAUUUCGGCUUUCAGGAGGCAAAGACUUCAACCAGCCGCUGACCAUAACUCGGGUGACUCCAGGCAGUAAGGCAUCUCGGGUCAACCUGUGCCCAGGAGACAUCAUCCUGGCUAUCCAGGGAGUGUCCACAGACGGUAUGACUCACGCUGAAGCUCAGAACAAGAUCAAAGACUCCACCAAUCAGCUUUUCCUCAAGAUAGAGAGGCCAGAAACUAAAAUGUGGUCACCUCAGGUUAUAGAAGAGGGGAAAGUAAACCCAUUCAAAAUCAAUUUGGAGGCAGAGAAGCAAGAGUAUAAACCUAUUGGCACAGGUCAUAACAGAAGAGCACAGCCCUUUGUGGCUGCCGCCAGUCUGGAUGACAAAACACAGGUGGUGAGCUCCGCCUACAACACUCCCAUAGGCCUCUACUCUCAAGAUAACAUCCAGGACGCCCUGCAAGGACAGAUCCGGGGUCUGGUGCAUGAAAAGCCUGAGGGUGACAGUACAUCCCAGAUGCUGGUGGGAAAUGUAGCUAGGAUGCCUGGCAUCCCAUCGGCUGGGUCUAAGGCAGCUCCUUCUGCACAGUAUAACUCCCCUAUUGCAUUAUACUCAGCAGACAAUGUUUCAAAUACAAUGCAGCAGGCUCAGAUGUCCACUGUAGUCAGGCAGGCAUCGCCCAGCCCUAAACCCCUGACGUCCAUUGAAGACUCCCAUGUGUACCGUAUGCUCCAAGAAGAUCACGAGCAGCCACAUGAACCACGUCAGUCCGGAUCAUUUAAGGCCCUGCAAGACUAUGUUGAGAGUGAUGGCUCAAGGCCCAUGGUGACUAGAAGUGUAAAAGCCCCAGUGACAAAACCACAAGCGGCCACAUCCUCACUGCAGAAGCUGCCUCUCUGUGAUAAAUGUGGCACCGGCAUUGUAGGACCGGUUGUGAAAGCUCGGGACAAGUACCGCCAUCCAGCCUGUUUCGUGUGCUCAGACUGUGGUGUGAACUUGAAGCAGAAGGGCUACUUCUUUGUGGAGGGACAGAUGUACUGUGAAGGCCACGCUCGAAUGCGAAUGACCCCGCCUGAGGGACAUGAUCUAGUUACUGUAUAUCCCACUGCUUAGAGGGACGGAAAAACUCAGAACUCACACAACUGACAGUUGAAAUUAGACAAUUCGUAAUGUUUGCCCUUAUUGCUUCUUCUUGAUAAAAUCAUGUAUCUGGUUAGUGUAACAAUAGAGCUUCAACCUUCAAACUUCAUUUUAGUUUAUAAAAGAGAAUGCAAGGCCAUUUUUAGUGUUUUAAGUGAUCAGAUCAUUGCUGUUUACAUCUAGUAUUAAUAUGCGUUUCAAAUUUAUCUUCUGUAACUGUAUUCAGAUUUCGAUGAAACCCUCACAACUUGUUUUACCACACUCUACAUCUGAGUGCAGUGCACAAACAUUGUGAACAAAUCCAUGUUAUGUGGCUUACGAGGGAGCAGGAAAAGAAGAGAACGAAAACGGCAUUUUCCAACAUAUCCAGAACAAUCACGUAUUUGGUGCACAUUCUGGACAGAUAGGCUACGUUCACACUGUCAAUCCAGAUCCGAUUACUUGUGUAUUCGAUUGGAAUCUGAUCUAAAAUUAUCGACAUCCACAUUGUGUAUCUCAGCUGUUCAGAUCCAAUUUGUGUGUCCAUGCCUCUCGUUUGUUUUCCGGAAUAUCUGCAUUGGUUUCUAUGGCAGUGACGUUGCAUUGGUAGGCAUAUGUCAAAAACAACUACAAAAAUGGCAACAUGGUUUACAAUACAGAUGUUGUCUUAUUUCCAACUUGACAACGGAACCAUAGGAGGCUGGUAAGCGUGGCUUUAUUCCACGCUGUCGUAUCUGCCGGUUUCAAAACAUGUCUUUUUUGCUCGUCUGCACUUUGCAACAACACAACCUUAUUCCUGCAGCGACUUUCAGCGUGUUUCCUAUAACAAUGACUGACAUUUAUGUUUUACAUGUCAUGAAAAUUCACAUAAACCAUGCGAAAUUCAGUCAGACUGAAACGGCUUUCCAGAAAUUGAAUAGGAUUUCAAACCACAUAUAAAUGUAGCUCGAAACGGAUUUUUAAAAAUCCAUUCCAAAUCAUGUGAUUUUUGGUCGUUCACACUAGCUUAAUCUGAUCAGAUUUCAAUCAGAUAUGCACAUAAAUCAGAUUUAGACAGUCUGAACAUAGCCAUAGAGUUUACAGUACACAUGCAAGGUGGUAACAUGCGUUUCUGACUACCUCUGUAUGUGUCAGUGAUAUGAUUACAAAACGUUAUAAACCCCACAAAGGGCAUUAGGAGCACUGACCAUUUGUGAUCCAAAUCACACAAAAAAAAUGUUAAUGCCAGGUGUAAACUCUUUCUCAAGGCCUUAAUCCAGUUCUUGUUGAAAAGCCAAGGGUGAACUCUCUCAUUUCUCAUCUUACAUAUUAGGCAUCUGUGCAGAUCAAAUCCUAAAUUUUAACACAAAGUAAUCAUACUGGGUUUCAGCUAUUAUUAAAAUAUGCAAGAAAGGUAAUUUUGCUUUUAAUACAAAUAUGCCACCAUCUAUGCACAAGGUAUUGGGUAAUACGCACAAACUGUGUAAGAGGUAGAAAAAAGAAGAUGCAAUUCAAUGCAAUCUGUUUCCCAGUACAAACUCUUUUUUACUUUUUGUUUGUAAUCUGAAAACCAACAUUUCUAUGAAUAUUCCUUGUGCUGCAUUUUUUUUUAAAUUCUGGUGUUUCUAAAUGAACUUAAAGGUACAGUUCACUCACAAACUAUAAUUCUGUCAUUUCCUCAAUUAUCCCUUUAAGGCCACCUUUGAUAACAAAUAAACAAAAGGUUUAUUAUAUCACGAAAUUAUAAGUGCAUUUACAAUUGUUUGUCUAAACCAUAUACAAUAAAAAUAAAUGAAAUGAA